AUGUUUUCUGUUGGUUCACUCGUUCCCAAACUCACCAACAACAUGAGUAACUUUCAAUUCGAGUAUGAACCAUCAGCUGAAGACUUCUGCGUCUCAAAACAAGCCUACCUAGCCGCUCACCCCGAAGCCCAGUUUGGCUACCUCGCAACAAGUGCUCUCGUUCUAGACACAAGCAUCGUUUCUGAACCGCGCAUCCUCCUGCUUCAGCGCGCCGCAAGCGAUGACGACCCCAACAUGUGGGAGCCUCCUGGUGGUGCAUGCGAUGAUGGCGAUGAGAGUGUUCUGAGCGCUGCUGCGCGGGAGCUUAGGGAGGAGGCGGGACUUGAGGCGAAGUGGAUUGGGGGCCCUGUUGGUGAACCGCAUUUCUUUACCCUUGAUGAUGGGAAGAGAGUCUGCCAGUUCAAUUUCCUGGUCAAGGUGGAUCUGAGCUCUCAAGACGUGAAGUUAUCCCCUAAUGAACAUCAGCGAUUUGUUUGGGCUUCGGAAAGUGACGUUAGGGAGAGGAAGGCGGGUGAUAUCGAGCUGGACUUUACGAGGGAUGAGGUUCAACAAACAGUACUUGCAGCAUUUCAGUACGCAAAGGAUAAAAAUCAGAGAUAA